AUGAGAGCCUCAACGAGACUCUUGUGGAAACUAUCUGUCAUUGUUUUGCUUUUGCUGACAGUAGUUUCCGAGGCACACGUCGAUCCUGAACUAGACCUCGCAUCCACAGGGCAAAACAAGGCACAUGAUGAGGUAAUUGAUGUCACCGAGAAUACUGCCAAACGUGAAGCCGCCGAAAUAAAACCACCGCAACAAGGAAAACGUCAGGCUAGAGGUUGUGGCGCGAGAGGGCGCGGUGCUGAGGCCGUGGUGGCAGAGCUAGAGGCCGUGGAGUCGGUAUCCGUGGCGAGUGAGGCCAGUGUGGAUGCGAGUGUUGGUUUGGGAGCGGGGGCUGCUCCGGGUUGGGGUGGUGCUCCGGCUCAGGGUCUUGAUGACUUAGUGGUGGGUUUGCUGACGCAGUUAUUGGCUCGUUUUCCGCCAGUGGUUCCACAAGGGGCUCCGGGAGUACCUCCAGUGGCAGAGGUGCAGCAGAGGGCUGCGGGAUUUGUUCAGCCGCAGGCUGUGGGUUUGAUGGUGCCGUCCUAUUUGGAUAUGAUGGGGCACAUGCAGAGGAUUGGUACGCCGUACUUUGAGGGCGGAGUUAGCCCAGAGGCGGCAGAUGAGUGGCGUCAGAGAUUGGAGCGGAAUUUCCAGUCUAUCAGAUGUUUGGUUUAG